GAGCCGGGAAGCCGGAAGCCCGAGAGCCGGGCUCUCAGCCCCGACGCGGCUGCCAUGGCCCCGCAGCAGCUCUUCCGCGCGCUGGUGUCUGCGCAGUGGGUGGCGGAGGUGCUGCGAGCGCCACGCACCGGAUCGCCCCUGCAGCUGCUGGACGCCUCCUGGUACCUGCCCAAGCUGGGCCGUGACGCGCGCCGUGAGUUCGAGGAGCGCCACAUCCCUGGCGCUGCCUUCUUCGACCUAGACCAGUGCAGCGACCGCACGUCGCCCUACGACCACAUGCUCCCCAGCGCGGCGCAGUUCAGCGAUUACGUGGGUCACCUGGGUGUGGGCGCCACCACGCACGUCGUGGUCUACGACGCCAGCGACCAGGGCCUGUACUCGGCGCCCCGCGUCUGGUGGAUGUUCCGCGCCUUCGGCCACCGUACAGUGUCGUUGCUCGAAGGUGGCCUCCGCCACUGGCAGCACCUGGGCCUCCCACUGGGCUCCGGCAAGAGCCACCCAGUGCCCGCCGAGUUCUCCGCCAGGCUGGACCCUGCCUUCAUCAAGACGUUCGAGGACAUCAAGGAGAACAUCGAGUCUCAACAUUUCCAGGUGGUGGAUGCCCGGUCCACUGGUCGCUUCCGAGGCACCGAACCUGAGCCGAGAGAAGGUAACAGCCUGGGGAGAGGGCCUGGGAGGUCACCCCAGAACCUGCACCCCAGUCCUGUGCGUGUCUUGGGUCACUGCCUUGGGGGGCUCAAGUCUGCCCCCACCUCUGCCGAUGGUGUAGUGAAGGAGGAGGGAGUCUUCUGA